GUGUAAAUAAUAAAAAUGCCCCUUAGUACAUCUUCAACCUUACGUUUACUUGUAAACGAGAUCAAACAGUUCGGGCAUAAGUUGUAUGCAUUUGCUAAAUUCCACCUUUUCCGACAUCGAACUUCCAUAAUGAAGCUCAAUGUGUCUUAUCCCGUUACGGGAUGUCAAAAAUUGUUUGAAAUUGUAGAUGAGCACAAAUUACGUGUGUUUUAUGAGAAACGUAUGGGUCAAAUUGUCGAAGCUGACUUGUUGGGUGAAGAAUGGAAAGGAUAUAUGCUGCGAUUGUCUGGUGGUAAUGACAAACAAGGAUUUCCUAUGAAACAAGGCGUUUUAACUCAUGGUCGAGUACGUUUGUUAUUAAAAAAAGGUCACUCAUGUUACAGACCACGCCGUACAGGCGAACGUAAACGAAAAUCCGUACGUGGUUGUAUUGUGGAUUCCAAUAUGUCUGUGCUGGCUCUUGUAGUUGUCAAAAAAGGGGAAAAUGAAAUAGCAGGCCUCACUGAUGUCGUUGUUCCUCGUAGGUUAGGUCCAAAACGAGCUGGCAAAAUUCGGAAACUCUACAAUCUAUCCAAGGAAGAUGAUGUUCGUCGUCUAGUAGUUCGCCGCCCAUUACCAGCAAGAGACAGCAAAAAAGCAACGUCGAAGGCACCAAAAAUUCAACGACUUGUUACUCCAGUAGUUUUGCAAAGAAAACGUAGACGUAUUGCUUUGAAAAAGAAAAGGCAAUCUAUAUCAAAGGAAGCUGCAGCAAGCUAUGCCAAAUUGUUGGCGCAAAGGAAGAAGGAAUCUAAGGUUCGCCGCGAGGAAGCUAAACGAAAGCGAUCAGCAUCAAUUCGGGAAUCUAAAAGUUCAAUUUCAAGUGAUAAAAAGUAGUUGCAACUAAAACAGCAAUAAAACAUGUCACAUAAAUGCUAAA